AUGGACCCGACUGCUGCACAAGAGCUCAAGCACGCGUACCGUAUCAUACAGGAUAAACUAGUCGCAUGUCAAAAGCAGAAGCGUCUGAUUGUGCAAAAGAAAACAGUAAAAAGAACGUUGCUGCAAGAAUCACAGCAGGUAUUACAAUACCAUCUUGUUCAUGCACUGACUGAGAACAUGCCCAGAAAGCAGCGCAUCUCGCUGAACAAUCAGCAAGAUGCUCUGAUACCCAUCUUGGCCUCCCCUGCCGCUACCUUUAGUAGUCAAGUCCAAUCGCCCACCACCGUACCAAAGCAGCAGCAGCAGCAGCAGCAGCAGCAGCAGCAGCAGCAGCAGGGCUAUGAAGUAACGCAGUGCCGUGGAUGGAUCAUGAACAGACGAGUGUGGCUUCAAGCAACAUGCCAUGCAUUGUAA